AUGCUUAACCCGCCAGAAAAGAAGACCUCUCACGGUACCUUCAUGCGGUAUGUUGUGAUUCUCACGUCUGGCUUUCUUUCGUUUAUCUUUGUUGUGGUGCUUACUACUGGAGCCAAUAUAUGGCAUCUUCGGGAUGUGUUUUCGGGAAGGGAGAAGAACAACGUGCCGAAGAAUAACGACGGCACUGAGAAGUAUAGGCCAAAACAGCCUUAUCCCGAUAUGAAGAAGCUCAAGAUCACGCGAGACGUGUCGUACUAUGCCAAACAGCUCGGACUUGAGUUGCAGGAGUAUGAUAUUACUACGGAAGACGGGUACAUUUUGCCAUUGCACCGUCUUGUGGACCCUUCGGAGCUGGAAGAGGAUAGGAACGGGAAGGUGCCUAUUUUGCUUCAGCACGGGCUCUUGUCGGCUUCAGGAGCGUGGCUUGCACCGGGUGCUAACUCGCUUCCGUACUACUUUGUUCACCAGGGCUUCGAUGUGUGGUUAGGUAACAACCGGUGUGAAUUUAAACCGAGACAUGCUACACUUAAGGGUAACCUCAUGCACAAUGAAGAGUUUUGGGACUGGGACAUUCGUGUUUUCGCUGCCUACGACCUUCCGUGUAUUAUCGACAAUGUGCUCUCCAGGAAACCGAACCACGACAAAUUGUACCUUGUGGGCCACUCUCAGGGAUGUACUCAGUCGGUGCUUUUGCUUCGUAACCCGGAACUUGCGGAAUACCACAAGAAAAUCAUUCACUUCUUUGCUUUGGCCCCAGCCAUUUUCCCUGGCCUGUUGUUCCAUGAUCGUUCGUUCAUUAAGUUCAUCCAUAAUCGCUCUCCAACAGCAUAUAAGUUGAUUUUUGGAAGAGGUGUGUUCAUUGGCUUUUUGGGCUGGGCUAGAAAAAAUAUCGGUACUACCAGACUCUAUUCAAUUAUAUCCUACCAGAUGUUCAAGUAUUUGUUCGGAUGGAACAUCCGCAAUAACUACAAGGACAAAAAAGUGCAACAUAUUCAGUUUGUUAUGAAUGUUUCAUAUAUUUCAGCAAAACUUAUGUCAUGGUGGCUCUCGUAUUCUGUCGAAGAGGGCUUCCUGAACCAGCUUCAAUCCAAAGAAGCCUACGCAGAUGGCUCUAAUUAUGCUUUUACACCAGUUUCUACCAACGAGGCAGAUGAUGAGGAGAAGCAAAUUGCUCUUCUGAGAACUGGAACUCUUGACCGUACUUUCACGAGAACCCAGGAGCAACAGGACAUCCCUGUCACUGAUGAGAAAACCUUCUUCCCUUACAAGUUCGAGUGGUUUGCUUUCAACAAAAAACCUGAAGAUGUCACACCCAUCUCCCUCUUUAUCUGCGGUGAGGAUUAUCUCGUUGAUGGUAGAAGAUUGGCUUCUCAUAUGACACACUAUGAACGCAGACUCUACAAAGAGGGCAAAAACUUGAAGGUCUUUGACUUGCCUACUUACAACCAUCUUGACGUUAUUUGGGCGCAAGACUGUAUUGGCUCAAUUGGCCACGAAGUCACCAAACAGAUUAAGUCCAAUGAAACCCCCCAGGAACUAACGGAGACUUCAUCGAAAGCCGUCGAGGAGAAGCUCGUGAGCUCUGAGCAGCAAACCGCCGAGCCAACAAAAAUAUCAGACGAAUCUGAUGAAAAGACGCCUAUGCCUAAUGAAACUGAAGAACAGCCCGUCACUGACGAACGGGUCUAA